ACUCCUGGGCUCAAACAGUAUUUCUUAGAUUAUUCAGUAUCUUAUAGAGAACUCUUUUUUUAAGGUUUAAAAAUCAUUCAGUAUCCUAUAGAGAAGUUUCUUUAAGGUUUAGGAACUAGAGAAGUGGUUAAAGAAUUCAUAUGUACUUUACUCAUGAACAAAGGAAAGUUCAUUUCUCUUUUUUCGUUUGGGCUGUCAGGAAACAAUUUUUAGCCCAACUCAAACAACUGAGUAAGAUACUGCAUCCAUCCAAUUCCUAUAUUAACCUUUUCCCCUUUCACAAUUCCUUCUCUUCCUAGUAAUCUUUUUUUAUUGGCCUUGCUUUUUAAAAAUUAAAAAUGUUUUGUUUUACUAUAUUCUUAUGUAUUUAUAAACUGCUUCAAAUCUCAAAUCCCUUGUGGGUUGUGAACCUAAGUAACAAACAGAAAAGUCUCUAAAAUAAAAGUUAUGUUUUGAGAAUAGAGCAUUUCAAUGGGAAAACAAAUGCCAUAGUACACUAUGUGCAUAUUCAAGAAGGCAAAGGAAGACAAAGGGUUUUAAAGGAAAAAAAAAUGAGGAUGAUUACAUACUUCUUUUGAAAUAAUUCCCUUGGCUACAAAGGUCAAUAACGGGUGACCUCAGUUGAAGGUUGGACAGACAGUUUCUGGGCAGACAUCCUUGCAGAGGCUUUUUUUGUAUAAGGUUGUGAUGGUCUUUAUGGUUUUUGCAGUCUUUGUUUUCAGGCGUACAAGCAUGAGUACCCUCUCUUCAUGUCCUUCCAUGGUUCUAGUUGUCAGAGAUUUGUUUGUUUGUUACCCUACUGUAGUAAGUACUGAUUGGUUGCUGGCUCAAAACAAAAUAUCUACUAAUAAAAAAAUGACAAGAACAACUGAAGACAAUUUUUGUAAGCAAUGUUGUAUUCUACAUUCAUUUUGCUUUGUGUUUUAAUUUUUUUCAUUGACAAAUAAUAAUUGUCAUUCAUGUCAGACAUAGUGAUGCUUCCAUACUUAUGGAAUGUAGUGAUCAGGUUAGGGUAAUUAGCAUAUCCGUCAUCCAACUGAGGACAUCUAGAAUGGCCCAGGUAUUAAACCGUAUUAGUAAAUGAUUAAUUUUCUGAAGACGUGCUGAGUAUUAUGAUUAUGAAAAAAUGUCCUUAGUUUUAGAGAUGCACACUUAAGUACGUAGGGGUGUGGUGUCUUAUCUGCAGAUUUAGGAUGAUUCAUCAAAAAAAAUUUACAAGCAUUUAUAGAAAGAGAAAAAAAAAUGGCAAAAUGUGUUGAAUUGUUGAGUCUGGGUUUUAAAUAGUAUUAUUGAAUUAGGGUGGAUAAACCUAGAGUCUGUUGCUAUUUUUGCCAGUUAUUAUGACAUCACCAGAAAGCUGGAAUUACUCCCGUGCCAAAGCACCCUCAAAUCUCGCGAUACUACGGCCUUAGUGGCGCGCGAAACGCGGGAGGCGGGGCUGAGGCGAAAACGACUGACUUCCGGCCAGGCCGUUGUCUGGGUGGCGCGGUCGAGUCAUCGCUCGGCCUUACUGCUUGGUUCUCCGGUCCCUCCCCGCGCCCUGGCGCGGGGGGUCGACCAACCAAGUGAGGCGGGAGGCGACUCUGACCUUCCCUCCGUUUCGUUUUGGCCAGUGCCGGAGGCUACCAGCCCUGGGGCCUGGGGUACUGGGAGCCCUUGAGGCCCUGUCUGAGUGGCCGGGGCCUACUGCGGCCCGCCGCCGGGCCUCAUGAGGCAUAGCCUGACCAAGCUGCUGGCAGCCUCGGGCAGCAACUCCCCAACCCGCAGUGAGAGCCCGGCGCCGGCUGCAACCUGCUCGCUGCCCUCGGACCUGACUCGGGCGGCGGCGGCGGCGGGGGAGAAGGAGACGGCAGCGGCCGGAUCUCCCGGCCGCAAGCAGCCGCUUGGCGACGAGGGCGAGUUGGAAGCCAGGAGGGGGAGCCGCGGCGGAGUGGCCGUGCGCGCGCCCUCGCCCGAGGAGAUGGAGGAGGAGGCGAUCGCCAGCCUCCCGGGGGAAGAGACGGAGGAUAUGGACUUUCUGUCUGGGCUGGAAUUGGCGGAUCUCCUGGACCCCAGGCAGCCGGACUGGCCCCUGGAGCCCGGGCUUAGCUCGCCGGGGCCUCUCUCCUCCUCUGGUGGAGGCUCGGAUAGCGGCGGCCUGUGGAGAGGGGACGACGACGACGAGGCCGCUGCAGCUGAAAUGCAGCGCUUCUCUGACCUGCUGCAGAGGCUGUUAAACGGUAUCGGAGGCUGCAGCAGCAGCAGUGACAGUGGUAGCGCCGAAAAGAGGCGGAGAAAGUCCCCCGGAGCAGGCGGCGGUGGUGGCGGCAGCGGCAGCGACAACAACCAGGCGGCGACAAAGAGUCCCCGGAAAGCGGCGGCGGCCGCUGCCCGCCUUAAUCGGCUAAAGAAGAAGGAGUACGUGAUGGGGCUAGAGAGUAGAGUCCGGGGUCUGGCAGCCGAGAACCAGGAGCUGCGGGCCGAGAAUCGGGAGCUGGGCAAACGCGUACAGGCACUGCAGGAGGAGAGUCGCUACCUACGGGCAGUCUUAGCCAACGAGACUGGACUGGCUCGCUUGCUGAGCCGGCUGAGCGGCGUGGGACUGCGGCUGACCACCUCGCUCUUCAGAGACUCGCCCGCCGGUGACCACGACUACGCACUGCCGGUGGGAAAGCAGCAGCAGGACCUACUGGAGGACGACGACUCGGCGGGAGGAGUCUGUCUCCAUGUGGACAAGGAUAAGGUGUCGGUGGAGUUCUGCUCGGCGUGCGCCCGGAAGGCGUCGUCUUCUCUUAAAAUGUAGGGUCAAGUAAUCUGCUCUUUAUCCGCGUUUACCCCUUUCAACUCCCUUACACCAUGUCAAACACCUUAGUGGGACAUCUUCACCGGACACAUUUCAGAGGAGAAAAAAAAGUAGUUAUUGAAUCUUAAAGUGUUUAGCUAAAAGCAUGAAUGUGACACAGUAACCAACUCCUAAUGAUAACAUGUGACUAUUAAAUCUCUCUGACAGUUUCUUUUUUAGGUGAUUUCCUUCCUGCCAGGCUCCGUUGUAGGGGUUACAGAACAGUCGUUCCCGCCUCACAACCUGUGGAUACAGCUGUUGGGGCAGAAGAGACGGGACCAGCUGCUGGCCACAUUUCCUGCUUUAUUUUAAAAGGUAGUAUAAGAAAUGAGGAAAAAGAGGUAAUAACAGGGCUUCUGCUGUCUUUUCUUUUUAAAAUGUUCAUAAUUAAAAACUAUUUUCCAGCAGUCCAAAGAUGUAAGUUAUCUUACACAUAAAAUGUCUUGUUGUUAAUUGGUUAUGCAAAUGGAAUCCUUGUUCUUGCACAACUGUAAAUGUUUUGUUGCUAGAUAAUACGAUUUGAGACCUAAAUUGGUCUUUGGUUUCCAGUGCAUCAUAGCACAUUUUGUAAAAUCAUCUACUGCACUUGAGCAUGAAUGGGUAGUAGCCAAACUCACAACUUGGAGUGAUGAACCUGCUUAUAUCUAAGGGCAGGAGCAAGCCCCUCACAAUGCAGCUGCAUGGAUUUUUAGUGCCUACUGAAUUUUUUCUAUAUAUAUAUACAUAUAUAUAUAUAUAUAUAUAUAAACCAAAAGUAGUUGGAAAGAUUAUUUGAAAUGACUAAUUUGUGCUAUCUUUAUGAAAUAUGUUAAAUGUAGCUUUUUUGAAACAGAAGCCUUGAAUUGAAAUUUAAUACUUGAACAUUUUGUAUAUAUUUCUUUGUAUAUAAUUUUGUGCAGUACCAAUGACAAAAAUAUGAUGUCAUAAUAAAACCAGGUUUGUUGAUCUUUUAGUUAUGGGCUCAAAGAAUUUAUUCAUCUCUAACAUGACAUUGGAAAAUAAUGGAUGAAAAUAGGAAAAAUGAUUGUUGUUAAUGCUGACUGUGGGUCUUAAAAGGUUCUGGAAAGCAGUAAGUUCAUUUUUCUAAAAACUAUACCAUUCUCUUGGAAUAUUCUUCUUUACGUCAAUACUUUUCCUGCAUUAUUUGAAGUUGUGGGCUGGGGAGAAAAAGUAGUCAAAGCUUUCUGAAUUGAGAUGCUUUGAAAUUCCAAGUGUAGAUUUUUAGAAUGUCAUUUUAUAAAUGGCAGUUUUUGGAAUUACUUGAUUAAGAACUUUUGAAAAUGGAAAGAUUAGUAUGGCCUAUUUUUAAAGCUGCUGUGUUAGGUUCCUUAUGUUUUAUUAACUGUCUUUUCUCAGUUUCCAUUUCAUUGGUUUUUUUUUUUUUUUUUUUUUUUUUUUUCUAGUUUUGGUGUCUUAGUGAUUUUUUUCAUUUUUUUACAUCAACUUCAUGGUCUUGUUUUUACAUGGUAAUUGCAUGUAUUUAGGAUCUAAUAGGGGCUUUAAAUAAAUUUGGUCAUAUUUAUGUGUAAGCACAUUUUACUGUAAAUGUUUGGGUUUCUGAACUUAAACAGAUGUUUAUUUCAGUAUGUAGUAAACAAUAUCUUAAAGUGUCUGAUUCACUACUUGUUAAUUAAAAAAGUUAUGAUUAAUGUGAAACUGUUGUCUUACUAUUUUUAGAAAAUUGUGUUCUGGAUGGUUAGCACAUGGAUAAAGGAGAUUUCUGGAAUAUAAAAUGGAUUGUUUUUGAAAUUUCUAGGUUUGGCUCUAUUUACUGUAAUAGUUGAAAACAACUUAGUAUUUGGGCGAUCCUUUUGUCUUCUAAAUGUGCCUCUAUGGUAAAAUGAUACAGAACUAGACUAAAGAUAGAGCUUUUGAGUAUUUGUCUUUGAUGGUGGCAGGAAUUCAUACAUUAAUUGAACUAACACAUCAUAUUUUGACCUACUGUUUCUAUCAUAUUGACUUACUGUUUCUGCACUUCCUUGACCAGAAUUAUCUUAAAAAGUCCGCUUUUGUUAAAAUGUAGUCUCACGUCUGAUAUAAUCCAACAAAAAGUGUUCGAAAUAUUUUAAAUAUUUGUGCGUUUUAUAAUCACUAAAUUAAUCUCUUUCUCUUCUCUUUAAACAGCUUAGCAGUGUCUGCAAAAACGAAUCUUUUCCUACAACCUGUUAACUGACUGGACUGAUGGUAACAAAGUAAUUGUGAGAGCCAUGUCGGUCAAAAAUUUGGCAUCUGCUGAAAAAAAUGAAUGCCAUUUUCAAGUUCCCAAAUUACUUCUAUACUGAUUUCACUUUCCAGAAAUGGAGAUAUGAAAAGAUUCUCUGGAAUCCUUGAAAGACUUAAUAGAGAUUGAUGAGACUAAGUUAAUCUUGGAACAAAAUUACACCUUUUUUGUCUUUCAUGGGAGUGAUACUCAGUUCUUUGCAUAUCUUUAAAAAAUUGUAACUGUUGGGGGAAUUACAGUAUUUCAUCAAGAAAUUAAUUAGAGUUUUUACAUAAUCAAGAGCACAUUCUAUGGAAUUAUAUUUAGUGGACUAGAAUCACAUAAGCAGGCCAUCAGUGAUCACAAGGCCUAUGAGUUUGUAUUUAUUUCCUGAACAUGAGAGCUAAUUUGGAGUACAGACACCCUGCUGAGUAGAAUAUGAAAGUUUAUGUAAAGUUCUGAACUAUGAGUAGUCCUUUUAAAUAGCUGCAUUGAUUUGUAUAUCUUUGAAAAAGUUGAUUAUUAUUAAAUGUGUGGGUAGUUAAUUGCAAUUUAGGUUAACAACCAGGAUGUGUAGAUUCUGAGGUUUUGGCUUCUUGAGCUUUCUCUUAAGUACUCAACACUGUUUUUUUUUUUUGAAUAUUUUGAGGUUUCUAAUUAAUGGUAUGCUAGUUUCUACUGUUUUAUAUAAAACUUUAGUGUUGUAUAAGGGUUUUAGUAUUCUGGAUGAUGGGAGUGGCUUUUUUGUGGCAUAUGGUUGUUUUACCUAAUUGAAAUAUUUUUUCAGUUUAUUACAAGUGUGAAAAAACACUUAAAACUCUGGAUUGUUUUAUUUCAUUUUUGUUGGAUUAUGUUAAUACAUUACUUCACCUGGUUUAGAUUGAGUCAUUUUACCUUACUCAUUUGGGAAAUGUGCAGAUGAUAGAAGAGGAAUUUGGGUAGGAGACAGGCUGUUACUUCAUAAUAAACAGCUGGUUAUUAUAUUAUUCAAAAUUUACUAAAACGAGUCAGUUUCUUAUAACUUUAAGCGUGUUCAUUGCCUGUGAAGCCAGGCAACAAGUAUUCCCACUGUCUUAAUUAAAACUUAAGUGCUGAUGUUCCUUAUAGUGCAGCUGGUUAUAAUUCCAGAACCAAAGGCACCAACAUUAUUUGGUGACCUUAACUACUACUUUGAUAGAACAGACUGGGUAAUUAUGAGUCAUCUUUUUAAUAUGUGAUUCCUAGUUCAGCAUUUUGAAUGUGUAGUUAAGGUCUCACUGAUUUAGUAACAUUUUAAAGCUAAAUAAUCUGAUGACUCUUGAAAGUUUAAUUGGUAGUAUGACAUUUGUAAGUGCUUUUUUCUCCCAGACUCUCCUCAAUGUUUAAAUUUUUUGCUGUUUUUUAAAUUUACUUACCAUCAAAGCUGGGGAUCAAAAACGGGAAUUCUUCCAUUAGAAAUUUGUAGUGUUAGUUUGGCCAGCACAGUAUUUUUCAGAUUUGAAUUUCAGUACCUUUAUGUGUAGCCUCAGUAAUCACUCAACACCAGUCACUCUUUAUUGUCUUAUAAUACCCUAUAAUUUUUGUUGACUCAAAAGAUAUUUUGCUGUUUUCACAGUGAACUAAUUGAAAAGUAUAGUUACUGUGUUUUAAAUAUUUGUGUAGUUCUGUUAAUAUACUGAUUUGAAUUUUAUUUAGCUCAACUUCCUUUAAUGUCAGCCUUCAAAUUUUGUCUUUGCUGUUUACCCACUGAGGUCAGUUUCCUAGACCCCUCUGGCUCUUAGUGUACUAUAGUUUGGGCUUUAUAAAAUAUAUUAAUGUAUUAAUUUAACGUGAGCCCUCUUUUUAUUUAAAGCCAAAUAACUACACAAAGUAAAUUAUAAAAGAUUUAAAUAGUUUGUCUACUGGAACUGGACUGAAAUAUUAAAAAUUGAUUGAGGGUAGUUUACUUCAGGUGUUAGCUACAAAUGACUAAAUGCCCUUAAGUAAUUCAGAUAACCUGCCCUCCAAACAAAAAUUCUGGCAAAGUAAAUUUGUAGCAACAGACUUAACAUGCUUGAUUGUUUAUGUUGCCCAUUUCUACUAAUUGAAACGAUAAUUUAAAAAUAUGUGGCAGACGACAGAGAUUAGAAAUACUUUUUAGGUACAGAAACCAUUGUAAACUCAUCCCCAUUUAUAAAUGGUAUUAUGCUAGGGAGUAAUUAGGCUAGGUAUGUUUAAGGAUAAGGAACGAAACUUUGUGCUCAGUUAUCAAAGAACUUAGUUAUAUCAUUGGGCUUUGAAUUAUCUAAGUUGAUUACACCAUUCUGUAUUAAGGAGUCUAACACUGUAGUUGGGUUAACAUCAGAAGUUACUUUUAAUUCAUUGUUUUUUCACUGUGGUGAGUAGAACUCUGCCUUAAAGUGACAAUGUAGGUAUGGAUGAUUUGGAGUUGGAGCUUUUCAUCUUGAUAUUUUAGCUUGUAAAAUCAAUAGCUAUAUUGUUUUGCCCUUUAAAUGUUAAUAUAUCUAUACAUCUUUCUUUCCCUAGUUGUGAAAGCAAAGCAUAUUUUUUAUAGAAAACUGAGAAUAUCCAGAAAGGAAUCAAGAAGAAGUGAAAAAUUACCCUAUAACUCUAUAAGCCGUAGAAUAUCCACAGUAAACAUUUUGGCAUGCUUCC